UCUGGCUAGCAAGGACUGCUGACAGGAGUAGCUCACAAGAGCAGUUGUAAACGCACUUCACGGCUUCUUGUUUUACAAGGGCGUAUAGGCUAUAUAGACUACUGAAGGCUCACCGCAGAAGUACAGCCGUAGGGUUGGCGAAAGUUGACGAUGUCUAUGCACUUUGAGGACUCGAGCAGCGUCACGCUGCUUUUUGACUUCUGGGACGUGCAUGGACCUGCAGGCAUGGCGCUGUCGGUCUUCGUGGUCCUGCUUCUCACUGUAUUCUACGAGCUGCUCAAGGUGUGGAAGAUCUGGCUGGGUGAGCGUUCAUCUCUGGCCCCUACCCCGCCGCCGCCCUCGCCCUCACCCUCCUCCCCAGAAUCCAUCGGGAGCAGCGCCGCCCUGACCAGCAUCCCCUCCGAAACUUCCCUGGCCCCUGCAGACCACAGUCCUACCCCAACUGUCACCAAAAGCUGGCUACUCCACAGCAUCCAGACGGUUGUCCACGUCAUCCAGGUGACCUUGGGCUACAUGCUGAUGCUGUGCGUCAUGUCCUACAACGUCUGGAUCUUCCUGGGGGUCAUUGUCGGCUCUGUUCUUGGCUACUUCCUGGCUUUUCCCUUGAUAGGGAGGUUCUGAGACAGAAGGAGAGGGAGAGAUACAGAGACACUCGUUCUCCUGGACCUGAUACAUCUAGAGACCUCCCUCUUCUCUACCACUAAGGGCUGUUUUUCAGACGAGAGGUUCAUGAAUCCUCACCUCCUCCUUUGACAGGACAUGUCUCUCACCGAAUGCCCGGAUUGUCCUUUGGAAAUCAGCUGGAGUGAAUAUUCAGCUACAUGCCACGAGACAUUGGGAGGACAGGGACUGCUUAUGAAAGGGCUGAGGAUUCUAGUGAUAACAGGACCAGGGUGUGUAAACAUGAAGCUAAUAAGCUUGCUAUGCGUUAAAUGAGAUUCCUGUGAACGCCAUCAGUGAGAAACUGAGCGAAUCAGUGAGGGUGUGCUCCUGUAGACCAUUGCAGGAAGACUCGUUGGAGUUCAAGAUGUGAGAAAGUAGAUGUUUGUGUAUUUGUAGUGAUUAAUUCACUCUUACUAAUGCAGAGCUGGGUCUAUCUAUAUGGAGAGUGAGUUAGAGCCCUGUUUCAUUUCUCAACAAAGUUUUAACCACCCAUGUUUUUUAUAACAUAAACUGUUUUAUAAAUGAAAAUAAAACCUGGGAUCAGAAAUUAGGGUGGAAUAUGCGGACAAAUAUGAAAUAGAGCUGCACUAUAUACUGUAGUGUGGCCUUGCACUGAAAAGCUUUUUUUAUGUAGUGGUUGUGUCCUGUUGUGAUCUAAUGUCAUAACAUUUCGCACAGUUUCAGCCAUGAAGAGUUAUUGCAUUUUCGUGCUCAGUGCUCUGCAGUGCAUCGGGAGCAAGUGAAUUUGGUCAUGUGGCCUUUGUUAAUCAUCUCCAGCCAUACCCUGAAGAUACUGUGCCAUGUCUGUGAGAAGGAGACAGCUGCACCUUCUGCGCCUUCCAGGGAAUUCAACGCUUUCCUUCUCGCUUUUUCUAUUGGUCCAAGAGAAUGUAGCGCACAUGCCAUAAAACAUGCAGUUAAAAUGUAACGGUCAUAAGCUUAUGAAAUGCAAUGUGGAAGAUUUCAGUCCCAAACUGUAAGAAAUACCGUGGAAUGAUCUUAUGAAAUGUGGUUAGAGACUUGUAAGAUGUGUUACUGAUGACAGUGUGGCAGAUUGUUUUCUGUGGCGUUUUACUUGAAUUACUUGGCAUACUUACUACGUACACUAGCUUUGUGCCUUUGUGUUUUUAAACAGUCAGGGGAAGGGGGUUUUGUUGUAACGUUUUAAGUCAGUUACUAGGUAAUGCAUUGGUCUGUGUGAGACUAUUAAUAAUCAACUAAUUAAUAUUUCAGCACUAAUGCAUAAUGGCAUGGUUAAAGUACAGUGACCUCCAUACGUAUUCACUCCCUUGAUUAAAUUGCAACAAAUAUCAUGAUAUAACAGUUCUGCCCAGAGAUAUGGUUAAACAUCUCCCCUCAGAAGUGCAACAACGUCAUGAAGCUUUACAGAAGAUAUCUUGUUAGUGUAGUCCGUGCCAGAGGAGGAUUUGCAAAAUAUUAAGUACAGGGUUGUAAACAGAUGUGACCCUCCUAUUUUCUGAAAUAAAAUUGAAUUGUUUGUGAACACCAGUCUGUGGUGAUGCUAUUAAAUGCUAUUGGUCUGUGUGAUGCUAUUAAAAUUAAUAGCAUCGCACAGGAGUAUG